AUGGAAGAUAAGUCGAAGCAUAAUCUCCCACAACCAACCAGACGGACGUCUUUCAUUGAAUGGAAUCCGGAAUAUGCUACCCGUAACUCUAUCCCUCACGUCGGUGACCCAUUAUUCUCAGUCUGGCUGGAGGAGCAGAACGGCGACCGCGACGUUCGAGACGUAUUCUUCGAAUAUACGGAAGGGCCUGUUCCCUCUCGAGAAGCCAUUGAACCAGUCGAUAACUCUGAUUUUGUUCGGCGCUUGAUUUAUAGUCAGAAUCCUACACCAGACUUCCUCAUCGCCCUUAUCAUGACAAUAUCCUGUUCUGGGAAGGAAGCUCUAAGAGAAGCCAUAUGCCAUCACAUGGCCCGUGAGUAUGCAAUCAAGGUGGAGCCCGGAAGAUUUCAAACAUUCCGCCUGAUGCUCAGUCUUCCUUAUCUCAUGCUAAGGGAAAAGCCCAUCCAGUCAAGCCAAUCACUCGAUCUAGAAUCUCAGGAGAAACUUACGGCAUACGAUCUAUCAUUCUUGGUCGAUCCUGCGGCAACCAAGAAUCCAACCCGCUUUGUGAUUAAGGAAGCACAUGAGACUGUUGCCAUAUUUGGGCGCAAGGACCACAACUGGACUGGUUACGCAUUUUCCGCGCCACACAUGGACAUGGAGAGUGAAACUGAUAACGGCGAUGAGGAUGAAUGCGACGAGGAAAUGCCAAACGUGGACUUGUUCGUCUCAGGUAGAUCUGAUGAGGUUAUAGAUCCCAACAUCACGAUAUAUGAUCCGCGAACAUAUUUUCUACGCACUUUUGAAAUCCGAAUCAAGGUCAUCCAGAAAGAGUAUGGUUGGCUUGUUAAAGAGCUCCAGAAUUUGACCACAUGUUGGAUGAAAAGCAAAGUGUAUACAUUUGGCGUAUCUGCUCUACUGCAUGAUCAAGACCAGCGAACAAGUCUAAAACAGACUCUAGAGGAUUUGGUAAACCUGAAAGGAGUCCUGCAAGACGUUCGCUCACACUUGGCUGACACGUUACUAGCGUGGAGAGAUUUCAGCAAAGACGACGGACACAUAUCGGUUUUCUCGGAUAUGACUGCUGAAGAUGCGAACAAGGCACUAGAGGGAAUCAAGCACUCAUUUGCACAGUUGGGGUUGUUGGAACAGAAGCUGGGUCAACUCCACAGGCAAUGUAUAGACUCGGCGGAUGUCCUUACGCUACGCAUGGAAUCCGAAAACUACCUACUUGGUCGUCAUAUGCACGAACUGAACUUCAGAACAACCGAACUCGCCGGAAAAACGACACAAAUAGCUUUACGCAGCCAGCAAAUUGCAGAAGAAACGAACCGCACCACUCGUACCAACGUACAGCUGCUCAUGAUCACGACACCUUUUGCCUUUGCCCUGCAAUACUUCUGCGGCGAUAGCAACUUCUUCUCCAUCGAGCGCACACCUAAGGCUUUUGUGAUAUCUCUUGUAGUGUUAUUCCUCGCCCUUCCAAUCGUGAAUGUUUCCGUGGACGCUCUUCAUCAGGGUAGGAAGGCUUUACUACAGUGGGUGGCUACGAAACUCGGGCGAAAGGGUGGACCAGCAGAUGAUGAACAGCUUGAUCCGAAAUCUCUUGAUACUGAUUUUACUGAAGUUGUAUAA